UGCGCUUUCUCUACUGGUAAUAAGCAAUUCAUUUACACAGAAGUCGCAGCUUUCUGCUUAAUUACGGCCAUUUCCAUGGCUUCGAGAACCCAGAGCAACGGACGCAGCUUCGAAUUGGAGCUCCAACUCGAACAAGAAGUGGAAAAUAAGCCCCCAACCGUUGAGAAGGAUGCGGAAGAUUCAAUCGAAUCAUCCCCUAAUCGAGAAAUGACCACGUACUCGCAGCAUUACUUUGGCAGUAUCAGAGAUGGUUUCUCCAUCAGCAUCAUUGAGAAUAUGAAAGAAGAAUACGGUCUAUUUGUGUGGCCUUCAAGCGUCAUUCUGGCUGAGUAUGUUUGGCAGCAAAAAUCACGGUUUUCUGGGGUUAAUGUUGUUGAGCUCGGUGCUGGAACUUCAUUGCCUGGACUAGUUGCUGCUAAAGUGGGUGCGGAUGUGACACUGACUGAUGACUUGAGUAAAGCAGAGGUUUUGAGUAACAUGAGACGGGUUUGCAACAUAAACGACCUCAAAUGCAAGGUUUUGGGAGUGACGUGGGGCGUAUUUGAAGCUCCGAUCUUUACUCUGCACCCUAAAAUAAUUCUUGGAGCUGAUGUGCUCUACGACACAAGUGAAAUGCCCAGAUUCUGUUUUCAUCACCACCUAUCACAACAGAAGGUACUUCUUCAAACACCAUUGCAGCUUCCUUCACUCCAAACAUGAUUUUUUUUUCAAGCAAGAAAAUAACAGCAGCCAUUUCUAGUGGGCAUCACCUCAUUGAGUUCUUGAUGGAGAAAUGGCGUCUGAAGUGUACGAAGCUACUCGACGGCUUCUCCCUCCUGCCGCCUCACAAGGCGUCAAAGCUGAGCGGCGACAUUCAGUUGGCCGAAUUGUUCUGGAUGAAUUGAGUUCCCGUUGACAGCAUCACCAACAAGUGCCGUGAUGUCGGUAAGAGCCUCUGCCUCUCGUGCACAUCACGUUGUCGCGAUCAAGGAUUGAGGGUAAAACGACUGGCUUAAACCUCUUACGGGUAGCGAAUGUAUCUUAUAGACAGAGUUCAACAUUGCCCCAUCACUUACAUUGAGGUAGAGUCGUUAAUGUCUGAGGCUAAAUGUCUCAUGUUCGAAUCUAUGGUCUCACAAGCUUUAAAAAAUUAUUUACACAUCCUACACCGAAUGUAAUUUGAUUUUUCACAUUUGUGUAUGGUCCUCGAUUUGUAUCGACAAAUCUAAGAAUUUGCCAAA